CUGCGCUGCGACGCACGCAGGAGAGGCGACGCAUUCACAGCAGCAAGAGUCCAAGGAGCGACACUUCUUCAGACGCCCGAUUUGCAGCUGGUGAGAAUAUGUGCGCAAGGCGAUCGGUGCAGUGCAUGGGCUGUCUCUGGUCCGCCGAGGAGAAACGUGGAUUAAACACGAAUUAAUGUGGAAUUUAUCGGAGCCCAAAGGUGGAACGACGACCGGACACAGCGCUUCCUCAACAGGGACUGACUGAUCAUGGUCGCUGUGGUCCGCUCUCUCAUGGUACUGCUGCUCGCUCAGGUGUUGCUGGGAGGUGCUGCGGGACUUAUCCCUGAGGUCGGCCGAAGGAAAUACAGUGAAUCCGGGAAACAGACCGCGGAGCAGUCGGAGAGUUUCCUCAACGAGUUCGAGCUCCGGCUCCUCAACAUGUUUGGACUGAAGCGCAGGCCCAGCCCGAGCAAACAGGCUGUGGUGCCGCAGUACAUGGUGGACCUUUACCACAUGCACUCGGCCAACGGAGAGUACAGCACCAAACGGCCCAAAAACAUGGGCAAACACGCAGAGAGAGCCGCCAGCAAGGCCAACACGAUUAGAAGCUUUCACCAUGAGGAGUCUAUGGAGGCCCUGGCCAGCCUGAAGGGCAGAACCACCCAACAGUUCUACUUCAACCUCACUUCCGUUCCUGGAGGGGAGCUUAUCACCUCCGCAGAGCUACGGAUCUUUAGGGACCAGGUCAUGGGAGCGUUGAACCCCAAGAGCAACUCCAGUAACAGCACUGGUAAUGGUGCGGCUAUUGGUGGCGGCUUCCAUCGCAUCAACAUAUACGAGAUAUUUGGUGCCCCUGUCACACCCGGUGGAGAACACCUGACUCGCCUGCUGGAUACUCGGCUGGUGCAGGACUCUCUGAGCCGCUGGGAGAGCUUUGACGUCAGCCCCGCCAUAUCUCAGUGGACCAACGGGGGACGCCACAACCACGGCUUCAUGGUGGAGGUGCUUCACCCAGAGGAGGUGGAGGGGGUGGGGGAGGACGCCGAGAAACGGAGGAGGCACGUCAGGGUGAGCCGGUCCCUGCACCAGGACCAGGACUCGUGGCCACAGGCCCGGCCCCUGCUGGUGACCUACAGCCACGACGGCAACGGCGACGCGGUCCUCCACACGCGGGAGAAACGCCAGGCAGCCCCCCGCAAACAGCGCCGAAAGCACCAGCACAAGGCCAGCUGCAGGAGGCACGCCCUGUACGUGGACUUCAGCGAUGUGGGGUGGAAUGAGUGGAUAGUGGCGCCCCCUGGCUACCAUGCCUUUUACUGCCAAGGGGAGUGCCCCUUCCCCUUGGCGGACCACCUCAACUCCACCAACCACGCCAUCGUGCAGACGCUGGUCAACUCAGUCAACUCUAAUAUCCCCAAAGCCUGUUGCGUUCCCACCGAGCUUAGCCCCAUCUCCUUGCUGUACCUGGACGAAUACGAGAAAGUAAUUCUGAAAAACUACCAGGACAUGGUUGUGGAGGGAUGUGGUUGCCGGUGAGAGAUGGUGGGAUGGACGGACAGAUGCAAGGGGGUAAUCAGAGAGGGGAUGGAAAAAAAAAAGACUUACUAUAAGAGGUUUUUAUGGACACCCAGUUUCCCAAUGAAGACGCUUAUUUAUAUGAAAGAAAGACACAAAACAGAGUUAUCGUGGAAGAAGAAGAAGAAAAAAAACUAUAUAUGAAUAUAUUUAUGUCUACGUAAUGUUGGGAAAAAAAUAAAUAUUUUAAUCAGAGGAAUAUUCCUUUACUGGUUUUGAAAAUGUAUUUGUGAUGUACAUUUCGAAAUGGGUGCAAUACCACAUGAAGUAUAAUGCUCAGAUUUUUAUUUUGUAUUUAUUUCUAUUAUAACCACUUUAUUUGUAAAUAAAUAAUGUGUAUUUAU